AUGUGGAUUCUGAUGACGAUUUCGGCCCGCUAAGAUGUUGGGACUGUAACGUUAACUUUACGGAAAAGCACUACCUAUAUUCUCAUCUAUUCCACCACAUAAAACAACCCUACGUAAUACUCGAACGUACUACGUUACCCCCCCUCAAGCUAACUCUGAAGAACAAAAGCGGAAACAAUUUCGAAGUCAUAAACUCCCCAGUACAUUCGAACCCUUCUUCGGUCGGCUCCCCUAGUGAAACCGUUGCGAAAUCGGCUUCCAAUCUGGCAGAAACCAAAGAAGAACCGGACAACGCCGAGGGCGGGGAAGGGGGAGCGAUAGUGGAGGAAGUGACCAAAAUAGAAGCGGAAGAUGAGGAGGCGAGGGUCAGUUUUUCCCCGAACUUCGCGGACAUAGGGACCUCCUCGCCCGCUAAUAGUGACACCUCCAACGCCGCCGAGAAGACCACGGACAGCAUAAUCACCUCUAACUCCGCCGGCGAGAGCAAUGCCUCCGAGUACGGGAGCAUCCCCGGAGCGGAACCGACGCCGCCUCCGGAACCGUCGCCGGAUUAUCCCAAGAUCAGGAUCAAAACCACCGGAUUGCUCAAAGAACCCCUGACUAUAACCGAAAUUACAGACGACAACCCAGAUGGAGACCCAAGUUACAGAGGUAAGUGGAUUUUACCGUAGAAGUGGAGGUUGCUGUGGA